AUGCUCGCGCAGAGUGACCGCCCAGCGCACAUCCAGACCCUCAUCUCGAGCGUCGACCGCUACAACCCUUCGAACGUGCACUUGCUCGAGGACUACCUCCAGUCUCAGCUCUCCAACGACCAGUACGACCUCCUCGCCAACCUCGCCCUCCUCAAGCUCUACCAAUUUAACCCCGCCGUCUGCUCGCCCUCCGCCUCGCUCUCCGUCCUCUUCCUCGCCCUCGCCCACGCCCCCUUCUCGCCCGACUUCUCGCUCGCCUGGUCCCUCCUCUCCGACUCGUUCGUCGUCGGCGGCUCCCUCCCCUCGGCCGCCCCCUCGGACGACGACGACGAGGACGACGACGAGGACGGCGCGCCGGCAGCAGCAACUACACGGGCGCCCGACGAGCCGCACGGCGAGAAGGAGACGGCCGAGCGCCUCCUCGCUCUCAGCAAACUCAUGCAGGCGCGCAAGUUCCGCGACUUUUGGCGCCUGUACCGCGAGGGCGACGCGGCCCAGGGCCACAAGGAGCACGAGGUCCGCGAGGCGAUCGAGUCGCUUGCGCGCAGCGCGCCCGCGUUCGAUGGACGGGUGAGGGAGAGUAUCGCGCGCGAGGUCGAGCGCAGCUUUAGGAGCAUUGCCAAGCCUACCCUCGAGGCGUUCUUGGGCACCACCGACGCAUCGCAGCUCGAGCAGCUCGCGAAGCAGCGAGGCUGGACCGUGCGGGAUCGCGACAUCCAGGUGCCGCAGAACGACAGCAACACGCCGAAGGCCGUCGUCACGCAUGAGCGGAUUGAGAUUGAGCAGCUUGCGCGGUUGUUGGGCAGGAGUCAGGCGUAG